GAUAGCACUUGUGUUACUCAUGUCUUAUUCACCCCCUCCCCUUGGCCUCCCGCCUACCCUUCCCCCUGGUAGGACAAGGCUGGUGACAGCCUCCAUAUAUUUAAAGAGUUCAAGAGCCUCCCCUACUCAGUGAGCUGACUAAGACCAAAAGAACAGACUUGACCUUGGUCAGAGAGUCUUCAAGAUGCCAAACUGGGGUGGAGGAGCAAAAUGUGGAGCCUGUGAAAAGACUGUCUACCACGCGGAAGAAAUCCAGUGCAAUGGCAGGAGUUUCCACAAGACCUGCUUCCACUGCAUGGCCUGCAGGAAGGCUCUGGACAGCACUACAGUCGCAGCUCACGAGUCAGAGAUCUACUGUAAGGUCUGCUACGGGCGCAGGUACGGCCCCAAGGGGAUCGGGUACGGACAAGGCGCCGGCUGUCUCAGCACGGACACAGGCGAGCACCUCGGGCUGCAGUUCCAACAGUCCCCGAAGCAGGCACGAUCAGCCACCACCAGCAACCCCUCCAAGUUCACUUCGAAGUUUGGUGAGUCAGAGAAGUGCCCUCGAUGUGGAAAGUCAGUCUAUGCUGCUGAGAAGAUCAUGGGAGGUGGCAAGCCUUGGCACAAGACCUGCUUCCGCUGCGCCAUGUGUGGGAAGAGCCUAGAGUCCACGAACGUCACUGACAAAGACGGGGAACUUUAUUGCAAAGUUUGUUAUGCCAAAAAUUUUGGCCCUACAGGCAUUGGGUUUGGGGGCCUUACACACCAAGUGGAAAAGAAAGAGUGACAGGAGAGUCCUUCUCACCUUCACAGCGGAAGGCGUUGCCAAGCGCUCCCUCGCAGAGGAAGUUUUCCCUAAGCAGCCUCGUUUGUAGUGGGACAACGUUCUCUUCAGAAUUGGGUGUACGCUUUUCCAAAGUGAGGGAAAAAAAAAAUCUUUGGAAGAAAAUUAAUCUGUAGAAAAUGCUUUAUUAUUUACAAUUCUUGGGGUGGGAGAGGCAAUAAAUAAAUGUUUUAGUGGUA